ACUUUUGAUUUCGCGGUUAGUCGUUAUGUUGUGUUUUGUAACUAUUGCCCCAUUUGUUGAUGGUUCUAAUUAGUAUUUUAGUUUUAGUUCUUCAGUAUUCAGUUGUAAUAUAAUAGCCUAAUGAAUUGUUAAACUAUUAUCCUUGGGUACAAUGUUUUGUUAAGUUCGAAAGAGGAGAAAAACUCGGUUUGCAAUUAGAAACAUACAUACAUAUAUAUAUAAUAUAUACACAGAAGAUUUGGAAAUGGCGGACACCUCCUCAUCUGGGAUCGAAGAAAAAUAUGCUUUUUGCCUCUCAUACUUGAACACGAAGAACUGUGCAAGAGGAGGGUAUUGUCGUUAUGAGCAUGCAAAUGCUUCAGAUGUUCAAGUGACUGUAAAACCUUCUGGUACUACCGAAUUUGUAUUGGGUUAUUACAUUACUCGAAAACGAAAAAUGGAGUGUCGCUUUUAUGCACGAGGCAAUUGCCGGAAUGGUGCAUCUUGUCGAUUUUUGCAUCAAAACCCAAUGACUGCAGACACUAGAGAAACUGCUUCAGUUGACAAUUCUUGGUUAAACAAAUAUUCUAGUCAACCUUCUGCUUCGACUAGUGGAUCAAAAACAAGUAACAGUAGUUCCACUGACAAUGUCUCAAACUCACCUGUAAAUAUGGGUUUUGUGAGUAAUAAUGACCAGGAGGAAACUAUGGAAGAUCUAGAAAAAAGAAAGGAAAAUUGGGUUCAUGCUCCUGAAUUCGUUCCUAAAGCUAAUCAAAAACCUAAGAGCUAUGCAGAAGUUGUUAAUGCAAAUAACCGAAUGGAGAUAAAUCCGGAAGACAGGCAGCUGUGUGUUUUUCUUGAAAAGGAAGGAGUUUGCAAAUAUCCUCUUGAUGAAUGUCCUUACAUUCAUGGUGAUAUUUGCGAUUUCUGUGAGACUGCCGCAUUACAUCCCUUCAAUGAAGAACAAAGAAAGCGACAUAGACAGGAAUGUGUUGCUCAACAUGAAAAGGACAUGGAACUGUCAUUUGCAAUUGCCCGGUCUAAAAAUAAGGCUUGUGGAGUUUGCUUUGAAACUAUUAUGGAGAAAACAGAUAAUGAACAACGUUUUGGUAUCCUACCCAAUUGCAACCAUUGCUUCUGUUUAGCUUGCAUACGUAAAUGGAGGAAAGCACGACAAUUUGACAAUAGAAUCAUAAGGGCUUGUCCAGAAUGCCGUGUAACAUCAGAUUUUGUCUGCCCAAGUAUGUACUGGGUAGAAACCAAAGAAGAAAAAGAUAAAUUGAUUGACAACUACAAGAAGGCCUUAAGUGAAAAAGACUGCAAAUAUUUUAGGAAGGGCAAUGGAAGAUGUCCAUUUGGUAACAAAUGUUUCUACUUACACGCACUGCCUGAUGGCACCAAAACUGAUGUAGGACCGCCACGACGUCGCGUUGAAAAUGUGAGCUUCAGCAUGCUGCAAGAGAUCAUUUUAUGGGAUUUCCUUGAUGAAAGGGAGAAUCGGUGGUUAUAUUCCUUAGCCGAUGAUUUGGAAGAUUUGGUCGCGUUCUUCUCCGAUUCCGAUGAUACCGAUUGGUCUGAUAGUGACGUAUUUCUCGAGUAACAUCUGGCAGUCAGGUUCGAAUUUAAUGACUGAAAAUUAUAACUUAUAUCAUUGUAACACAGUGGGUAUAAAUACGGAAGAGCAUUUUUGAGGGUUUAAAUUGAUUUGCCUUAAAUAUUUCAUGGUUCUACACAAAGCGUAUCAUUUUAUUUAACGAGAAGCGUGAUGUAAAAUGUGUUUGUUCACUCAAUCAGCGCUAGGUAACAGCAAUAACCGCACAUAACAACCGCAUAUUUAUUUUAUUGUUUGUCUACGUUUCAUAAGAAAUAUUUAGAUGCGUAUUUUAACACCACUGCAUAUUUGAACUCUUGGUGAUUCUUUCCUUGUGAUCCGUCUAAGUGAUAAAAUUAGGUGUAUUUAAAUAGAUUUUAAUUCUGAAAGUCUUAAGCCGGAUUCCCGUAUUAUAUAUUACACCUUCUGUAGUCCACAAAGCGAAAAAUAUACUCGAAAAGCUGAUUUAGCAAAGUGAGGAUAUAAUGUAUAUGUGUAGAUGAAAUA